CGUGGCUCGCAGCGUUUGGUUCGUCGUGCGCGAGAUUCGAAUUUAGAAUUGCCUUUCGGCUUUGCCUCUGCAGCAUCCGAGAAGGUAUAAAUUUCAGCUGGCAGCGGAGUCAGCAAUCAGCUAGCUGGCGAUGUUUUUUUGUCAACCUGCGAUUUAUGUGGCUAAUUAGAACAAGAAGAGGCGGCCCAUUAGUGCGUGACUCUCGAAUGCUGCGCAUCCGUAUCCGUCAGGUUGCGUGUGCCCCGCCCCCUCGCCCCGAGUAGGGAAAAACAAAGAGAGAAAAUAAAAAAACGAAUAACACACUCCAGUCAUCAAAACACUCGAGAAAAACUGGGAGAAGCGGAAUCCCAAAAAAUCUGCAGUGCGAAAAAAGGAAAAUUAAAAUUUCGGGCAAAGCGGAUUACGGGCGGAGCCACAACAGCCGUAGGCGGCAAAGGAAAAGUGUGCGGGAAAAACAACAACAAACAACACUCGAAUUGGAAAGUGAAUGUGCGGAAAGUGCGUAGAACAGAUAAACACGAGUGAGGAAGUAAAUCAUAUGGAAAUUUGAACGCGUCACGCCGGCUCAUUAACGUGCGUUUGUGUGCGUGUUGUCCAUCAAUUAAUUCAAGCAUAAUAGCGCCAGUCAGUUUUCGCACUUUAAGCGGCAAAAAACCACCAACGGCAGCAGCAGUUGGAAAACCAAAGAGAUAAAAAAUAAAGAAAAAACCCAUAAAAGGUCACGCAGAGCUCACAAAGAAACAGGCGAAAUUAAUGACACAAUAACACACUGCGGUUUCAUUUGUAGUGGUCAGUAUCUGUGUAUCCCUGCUUCGGUGGCAUAGUGUAUUCCCAGAGUGGGCGCAACAGUUCCUCGGUAUAUCACAAUAUAUAUAACGGUAUAUAUGUAUAUGUGAACCCCCCUGAUCAGUUCGGUCGCGUGGCGCAAUAAUUUAUCACAAUUGUCAUCGGGCGAGUGAAAGUGCAGCAUCCACAAGAUACGAGAUACAAAUUGUUUAUGCAGACAUCUUCCCAAAUACGGGUCAGUGCAUUAGAACAAUAGCUGCGAGCAGCAAAAGUUGUUGAUAAAGGGAAAACAUAAAUUAAAGUUACCAGUUUUCCCAGUUGCCAACUCGCCAGUCGCCAGUCGCCAGUGGCCAGUGGCCAGUUGGAGGCCUUGAAAGUUCCUCCGCCUGUUGGAUUAGCAAGCGCAAGAAGCCCGGGGAUUCCACAACCGCCAAUCUGCCGAAAAAAGGAAUGCCAUAAAAGGGCAAAUAAACAUGUAAAAGCACAUUAAACGAUGCUGCCGACUUGAUCUGAGUCUGAGACCCACGGACAUGCAUUCAUUGGUGAAUGUCUGGUGAAAUGCUUCUUUUAUGGGCGCAGAGUACAUUGGCGCUUCAUUAAAGCCAAAGGCAGAAGCGGAAGCGGAAAUAGCCUCGCGGCCAUUACAAGGAGACGCGUGUUUAUUGGCGCCAGGACACACGCGCUCAACUGCAGUUUCUGCAACAUUCGGUACUCCUUUUGCACUUCUCUGCGUUUCUUUGACACUCCGGUCAAAUUGAAGUUUGCCACAUAAAUGACGAGACGUCCUCGCGUUUGGCACAACGCACCGCAAGCACAACAAAAUGACAGCCAUGCAGCUUUUAAUAACAGCAACGACAAGGACAACAGCAGGAGUAGCAAUCGAAAUGGGAUCCGAGACCGAAGCGGCAACCAUGCAAAGGACAUACCGGCAGGAGCAGCCCGACAACACACACCGAAAAUCACGGACGAGAUGCCCGGACAAUGGGAAAGCGAUUUGGGCUGUCGGCUUGGCGCUGGCCCUGCUCACUUGCCUGCAGCUGAAAGCAGUUUCCGCGGACGAAGAGUCACAGGAUUUUCAAAGGAACAUACCCGCUCGAUUGGUUUGGGCCGCUCUGGGCAAGACUGUGGAGCUGCCCUGCGACUUGACGCCGCCCACGGCGCAGGAUUCGGUGAAGCUGCUGCUCUGGUUCAAGGACACCACGGGCAUUCCCCUGUACAGCCUGGACUCGCGGGGCGGAAACGUGAAGGUGGCACCACAUGCGGCCAUAGCUAGCGAUCUGGGCCAGCGCCUGUUCUUCAGCAUCGGCGAUAAUCCCAAGGAUUCGCGACUGCAGAUCAACGAUGUAAAGCCGGAGGAUGGCGGCGUUUACCGAUGUCGCGUUGACUUCUUCAAUUCCCCGACGAGAAACUUCAGGCACAACCUGACCUUAGUUGUGCCCCCCGAUGAGCCGCGCAUCUUCGAUGCCCAAGGCAAGGAGAUUGCCCAGAUGGCAGGACCCUUUCGCGAGGGCUACGAGCUUUUCCUCUGCUGUCAGGUGAAAGGAGGACGCCCGCCACCCAAGGUCACCUGGUGGCGCGACAACACCGAGCUAAUCGGCACCAGCCACACCUCGGUAGAGGAGGGCGCCACCGUGAUGGUGAAUCAGCUGCUGAUUGGAACCACCACGCGCGACUUCUACGGCGCACGCAUCGAAUGCCGGGCUGGGGGCACACGACUGGUGGAUCCGGUCCGCAAGGAUGUCACCGUGCAGGUUCACUUAAAACCUGUUCGAGUAAAGAUCAUAACGCCAAACGAUCUGCUGACCGCCGGACAGCCGAUGCCCAUUCGCUGCGAAUCCUGGGGUUCCUAUCCGGCAGCCAAGAUCACCUGGCUGCUCGAUGGCGAGCCCAUUCGCAACGCCGAGGUCACCGUGCACAGCGACAAGGAGGAUGGCAAUAUCACGACGAGCAUCCUGACACUGAAGGUAACUUCAGAGAACGAUAAUGCCGAGCUGACGUGUCGCGCCACGAAUCCUUGGUUCUCGGGUGGCGCCAUCGAGGACAAGCGCAUCAUCCGAGUGGCAUAUCCGCCCACGGUGUCGGUGCACUUGGCCAACGAGGAUCCCAGCCGCCUGGUGACGCGGGCCGAGGGCCAGAACGUGACGUUCAAGUGCCGGGCAGAUGCCAGGCCGCCGGUGACCGGCUACUCCUGGUUCAAGAAUGGCAUGCGAAUGUCGGGCGAGAGCACGGAAAUAAUGCACUUGACGCAGCUGGAGCGGGAGAGCGCAGGAGCGUAUGCCUGCGGAGCCACCAACACGGAGGGCGAGACCCGGAGCUCCAGCCUCACGCUCCGAGUGCAGUUCUCCCCGCGCUGUAAGUCGGGCACGGAGCAGACCUCCAUUGGAGCCGUCAGUCUGCACUCGAUUCUGGUCAAAUGCGAGGUGGAUGCCGAUCCGCCGGACUCGGUGCGGUUCAGCUGGACCUACAACAACACACGGAACGUGUCGCCGGUGCUCAACUCGAGGAUACAGUCGAACGGGCUGGCCAGCACAGUGACGUACCUGCCGCAGACGGACUCGGAGUUAAUAACGCUCGCCUGCUGGGCCAGCAAUGCGGUGGGCCGCCAGACGACGCCCUGUCUGGUGCACAUCCUCCCUGCCAAUACUCCAGAGGCGCCGAAGGCCUGCGAACUGCGCAACGACACCGUCCUGGAGGUGGUCUGUGUGGCCGGCAGCGACGGCGGCCUCUCGCAAUACUUCAUGCUGGAGGUGGUGGGCGGCGACCUGCUCUACUCCGGCGAUUCUGGGCAGGCACAGGGACAGGGCUCCAACCGGGGACAGUUCAGCGAGGCCAUUGGCCUGGGCGACAACGAGAUAUCCACGCUCAACGACCAGGCGACAUCUGCACCCAUCUUCCGCAUGCAGGAGAACAGUCCACAGUUUCGUUUGAAUAAUUUAGAGCCGGGACGUGAAUAUCAAUUUUUAGUUUACGCCGUCAACGCCAAAGGACGCAGCGAGCCGCCGGUGGUGAUUGAGAAUGUACGCGUGGCCGCCCAACUGGGACCAUAUGAUGAAUCCAUUCUAUCCGAGGACCCAACGCCCGCAGAAACGACACACCAUGGCGGCGGCGGUGCGGGCGGAAGCGGCAGCUCCAGCGGCUUGGGCACCGGCGCCAGCACGGGCAGCGGACCGGAGAAACAGUCCACCCUGCUAAUACUCGCCGCCGUUGUGGUGAUAGGCGCCGUCGUGGUGACGUCAAUUAUCGUGGCCGGCAUCGUCGUGGUCUGCCGGCAUCGUCCGCGGCCACCUGAGCCGCAGGAGGUGCGCAAGAGCAUGCGGCCGGCGCGCAGCGAUGUGCCCAGCAUGUACAUCGAGGAGGACGAACUGAAUGAGCUGGAGGAGGGCGGCGGACGAGCGGCAGAGAUUCGGGCGCGAGUAGCCCCGCCCACGGCGCAUCUUUGCGGCGGAGGCGUCGGCGUGCCUGGCGUUGGAUCCAGUGGCGGAGCCAUUGUGGGCGUGGCCGGACCGCAUCACUACAUCUCCGAGAGCUUCAUCCAGUAUGCGCAGCCCAGUCUAAACGGCGAUGUGCUGAUGCCCCUGCUCGCAACGUCGUCCGGCCAGCCUCGCAGCGUGUCCGUGGUCCUGGCCACAGCUGCUCCACUUGCUGGGAACCCCUGUUCUGGGAGCCGAAACACUGCCUGGCCGCCCAAAUACCCGGAUCUGAUAUUGCCGCGCGGCGAAUUGGAAUUUACGACCCUGGAUCCAACGCUGAAGUAAUUGUAAAAAGUAAUAAUAAACAUCUACCAUAGUGAGCCAACAACCUACACACGCCCAGCCACACACAACACACCAAACACAGACACAGGCCUCAUAAUUCACGGGCAUUUCAUUUAACAUAGCUGUAAAUUUUUAGCAUAAAUUUAAAUGCAUUAGCGUUAAAGGUAAUACGUAUUACGUUACGUUAUAUACGGGCAAGAGAUAAGGAUAAGCCAUUUUGUAAGUGUCAGAAUCAAAAUAUAUACAAUUCGGAGACAAAGCGAAGCCCUAAUAAAAACGCUACAAACUUGUAACUGAAAUCAAAAGCAAAGAAACCUGUAAAUAGCCUACAUCACACAUGAAACACCAUACACCACACACCAACACGAUAUACACACCCCCCCUGGACCCACAUAGACAUCAUUCAGAAAUCGUUGCUGUUGCACCAUCGACUGUACAUAGAGAACGGGCAAACAUUAAUCAAACUGCAUUUAAAUGUUAAAUAUUAAUUGUAAUUAAUGAACAACUAGCUAGUAAGUCAUUAGCUAAUUAAGUCGUGUGUAUCGAAAGUGUAAUUAGGACUCAUAGAGCUCGACGGCUGGCAACCAGCCGAGAGAUAUUGGUUAUCACAGCAAACGCCCAGCAAGGCAAGGAGCCAAUACAGAGCAACCGUUCAUCAGUCUCUGUCUGCAUUAGGAUAUAGGUUAUAGGAUCCAUUAGCAGUUAGAGCCCCCCUGACCGAGGGCGAAUCAAAAGUUUUCGGCGUCAGCUACACCUAUUUCUGGACCACUUUCCGGGCCACGCCCUUCGACUUCUUCUUUCCGAUCCGAUCUGACAGCCGCUAUUUAUGGCACUUCAUGAAUAUUCUAUUGCCACGAGAUGAAUAACGAAAGCCAAACGGAGCAGCGCCGCCAAGUGGGCGGCAUUCGUGUGUUCGAGUGUUCGAGUGCAUAAUGAAUAAAUGUCGAGUAAACAGCCAAUUCCCAGAGUCCACUAGAGCAGCAUCAACAAUUCCACACGCCAGAGCGGCUACCAACCACUCCACAGAGCAGCACACAAGCAACCAGAGUGAAUUCAUUGUAAAUGUUAUAAAUAACUAAAGUAACCCGCAAAGUACGGCAAGGAAAAAGUAAUAAUAAUAAUAAUAAUAAUAAUACGCCAUACAGUUUACACAAUACUCCAAUGUAAUUCGAAUUCUAAUUUCAAAUAUACAAACAUAAAGUGAAACGGCAGACUAGCAAAAUAUACAGUGCGUAUGCGUAAUAAAAUAAAUUGAAAUAUAUAUAUAUAGGUACAUACAAUUUAAAUGGAAUCAUCGGGGCACGGGCCUCGCACCCGUUCCCCGUCUCUGUCUCUGUCACUCUGGACAAAACCAAACUGAUUGUUUUAAGCAAAGUUAGAUUUAUAAAUAAAUUAAAUUUAAAAUCGACGAGAGUGUGGCGCAAAGCAAGCUCAAAACGGACAUACAUUAUAACUAAGUCGAAACUACUGAGUGUGUUAAUAAUAAU